AGAAAAAAAGAAAAUCUAGUUGAAAAGCCCGAAGCUCAUGAAAAAGUUUGGGUAUCGAUCGAGGAAUAGAGUAAAUACAGCAAUCUUCAGUACACAGAAGUGUGGAAAAAGUUGAGGUUUACUUCUGUCCAAGAGCUCGAGGAUGGGCGGGCAUCAUGGCAUAGAUCAUGUUAUAAAGAUGCAGUACAUGCUGAGAUGCUUAGCAGAGCAAGAGAAAGGUAUGAGAGGCAGCUCGAAGGCCACAAUGAGUCCAGGCCAAAAUCACGACCAGAUUCAUCAGUAGAAAUGCCUCAACUAACCCGUUCGAAAAACGUCUCCCUACAAUAA